AUGGGGGUGGUCCAGUGCGCCAAUCUUGCAUCAAAUGGUGGCAAAUGUGGUGUAUGUGGAGACCCAUAUCAAGGCCCUUACCCAAACGAGGCUGGCGGAAUAUAUGCAAAAGGAAUUAUAGCCAGAACUUACAAAUCUGGGCAGGAUAUCUCUGUCAAAAUACAAAUUACAGCUAAUCAUCUCGGUUGGUUUGAGUUCAGACUUUGUGUUAAUAACAAUAUUUCAAAGAAGAUAACCCAUGCUUGUCUAGACAAACAUCUUCUAAAAACGAGUGAUACCGUUCACGUAGUUAAACAAAUCUUGGUUCUUAACAUUAACAUGAUAUGCAUUGUUUCUUUCACAAAAAGGUCAAGGUUUUCUGCAAAUUCAGGGAUAAAAGAGUUGACUUUGCAACUACCUAAGGACCUCGUCUGUAUUCAGUGUGUUCUUCAAUGGAAAUGGCGAACCGCAAACAGUCCUGGAGGUUCAGAAGAAGAAUAUUAUGGUUGUUCCGACAUAGCAAUUGAAAAGUCAGUCUUACCAACAUACUCAUCGUUGAGCACUAUAUUAAAAACAUCGAUCCGUCAACCUACAAGAACACAUCCGGUGGAUAUGGUCCAACAUAUAACAAGUACAGCUACAUUGUAUUCCAGGUGGUAG